AUGGCUCCGCUACCGAAGGUACGUCUCACCCCGUUUAUUCGUCCCUUUACGUACGUUGGCGUAGACUACUUUGGUCCAAUACUCGUGAAGCAAGGUCGGAGCAACACCAAAAGAUGGAUCGCGCUGUUCACUUGCCUGAGCAUUCGUGCAGUGCAUAUGGAAGUAGUGCACACCCUCUCGACGGAGUCAUGCAUAUUGGCGAUACGCAGAUUCGUUACGAGACGUGGAGCGCCAGCAGAGAUAUUCAGCGAUAAUGGGACAAACUUUCACGGAGCCAACAAUGAACUGAGAAAACAAAUAGAAAAACGUGAUCAAAGGUUAGCAGAAGUUUUCACCAAUGGCAAUACAAAAUGGUCGUUCAACCCUCCAGGCGCUCCUCACAUGGGUGGGGCGUGGGAACGCAUGGUUCGCUCAGUAAAACUAGCCAUAGGUGGAUUUCUCGAAUCUACCAGAAAGCCUGAUGAUGAGACUCUAGAAACCGUAAUAAUUGAAGCAGAAGGAAUAAUAAAUUCACGACCAUUGACAUACAUCCCACUGGAGUCAGCAAAUCAAGAGUCCCUCACGCCGAACCAUUUCUUGCUCGGAAGUUCCAGUGGCGUUAAGCUAUUACCGGUGUUACCAAUAGAAUAUCGAGCGACUCUACGGAGUAGCUGGAAACUGGCACAGCAUAUGGCUGACGGCUUCUGGAGAAGAUGGCUGAAAGAGUACUUGCCGGUCAUAUCGCGACAAUCCAAAUGGUUCGACGAUGUAAGGGAAAUUGCUAUUGGGGACUUGGUACUCGUAGUAAAUGGUGCGGUGCGGAAUCAAUGGACACGUGGACGAAUUGAGAAGGUAAUCCCGGGUGCAGAUGGCAAGAUUCGUCAAGCAUGGGUACGAACUGCGGGAGGACUGUACCGCCGACCGGCGGUGAAAUUAGCGCUCCUUGACGUCAUAGGACAUGAUGAACCAGGACCAGAGAAUGCAAGUCGUUCACGGGAGGGGGAAUGUGACGGCAAGAAACGCCAAUAA